AAAGAGACGGAAGACCGGUCAGAGAUCCGCAGCCGACGAGGCGGAGGUAGCACACUGUCAUAUCCCUCUUGCCUCCCACCGUCUUCCUCCGUGCUUCCCACCGGCACCGGCACGCACAAGUCAAGCCACACCACCACCUGCUAGCUUCUCAACACUGCAGCAGAGCAGCCUGAGCCUAGCCUCCCUUCCGCUGCUUAAAUACUAGGCCAUUCGUGAACCCUACGCCAGUCCAUUCGCGCGCGUGAUCCAAGAAGAACACAAGCCAACGGGCAGUCGGGCACAAGCACAGAUACGGCGGCCGGUGGAGCAUAAGGUCAACACACCUGGCCGAGGAGGCCUUGCUAGCUUUUGCUCUCCCCCUAGCUUCUUCUACCCGCUUGGCUCUUCUCCCUGGACUGGUCAGGGGCCCGGUACGCCGUACUCGCGCGGCCGGAUCGGAAGGAUGGCGGCGGCAUCAGCUCGGGCGCCGUCGAGAGCAGCUUCCUCCGUUGGUACGGCCGCCGGAGUACUCCUGGCCCUCGCCGUCCUCCUCACAGAGCAGGUGAUUGUGGCGGAUUCCCUGUCCAUCGGCGUCAACUACGGGCAGAUCGCCGACAACCUCCCUGCGCCGGGGCGGGUGUCGACGCUGCUCCGGUCGAUCAAGAUCAGCAAGGUGAAGCUCUACGACGCCGACCCGCACGUCCUGCGCGCCUUCCUCGGCACGGGCGUGGAGUUCGUGAUCGGCAUCGGCAACGAGCACGUCCCGGCGAUGGUGAGCUCCACGGCGGCGCAGGCGUGGCUCCAGCAGCACGUGGUGCCGCACCUCCGCGCCGGCGCGCGCAUCACCUGCAUCACCGUCGGCAACGAGGCGUUCAAGGGCAACGACACCGCCCUGCAGGCCAGCCUCCUGCCCGCCAUGCACUCGGUGCACCAGGCGCUCGGGACGCUCGGCCUGCAGGGCCGCGUGAACGUGACCACCGCGCACUCGCUGGACAUCAUGGGCGUCUCCUACCCGCCCUCCGCCGGCGCGUUCGCCCCGGGCGCCGUGGCGCACCUGCAGCCGUUCCUCAAGUUCCUGUCGGCGACGAGGGCCCCGUUCCUCAUCAACUGCUACCCGUUCUUCGCCUACAAGGACGACCCGGCGCGCGUGCCGCUGGACUACGUGCUCUUCCAGCCCAAUGCCGGCGUCACGGACCCCAGCACGGGGCUCAACUACGACAACAUGCUGUACGCGCAGGUGGACGCCGUCUACUCGGCCAUCAAGGCGCUGGGGCACACGGACGUGGACGUCAAGGUCUCCGAGACCGGGUGGCCGUCCCGGGGCGACCCCGACGAGGUGGGCGCCACGCCGCAGCACGCCGGGACCUACAUCGGGAACCUGCUGAGGAGGAUAGAGAUGAAGCAGGGCACGCCGCUGCGGCCGGCGGUGCCCAUCGACGUCUACGUCUUCGCGCUCUUCAACGAGAACCUCAAGCCCGGCCCGGCGUCGGAGCGUAACUACGGGCUCUUCUACCCCGACGGCACGCCGGUCUACAACGUCGGCCUGCGCGGAUACCUCCCGCCCAUGGCGGACUCACAAGGAGCGCGGCAGGCGGUUCAUGUGAUUCUACUCAUCGCCAUGGCGACGGUCGCUUUUGCCUUGUCCUGACAGUAUCCAUCAACUACUGAGUUUCUGACGGUGAAGGGUGAAGGGUGUCAUGGCUGUGAUUGAACAGAGCUGAGCCAGAGUGCAUCCACUCCUUGAAAGAAGACAGAAUGACCCCCUCUCUUUUUGAGGUGUACUCCUUCCGUUCCACAAUACAUGCCUUCCAUUUAUCAAAAUAUAGAUAUAUCUAGACAUGCUUUAAUAUAUAGGUAUUUUUAUUUUUGAACAAAUGAAAGUCAAGUAUUUUGGAACGGAGGAAAUAGAACUGAUGUAUUUUGGGCAAUGCCAUUCAUUGCCAUCCGGAUGUGCUCUAGCACUAACCGAAGCUUGGACGUCA